AUUCCAGGGGUUUCAUUACCAUGACGUAAAGUGGGCGUUUCUGGACGUCUUGGAAAACGCCCUUUUUCAAAAAAAAAAAGAGGUCAUCGAUCAUGCGCAGAAUGCUGUUUUAUUGCGCGGGCAUUUCCAAUCCCGGGAUUAACUCCGAUGGAUAACGAGGGAGAAAUAAAAGCACCUACGAUGGAUAGUGAAGGAGAUCAUACAGAUUGGCUCCCAACAAAUUUCAAAAUAUGUACAUCAUCGGAAGAGUACAUCACAGGAAUAGUUUCUUCAGAAGAAGAACUGAAACACCUACUGGAAAAUCACAAGCGUGCAUCAGGCACAUCUUACACAGUUUGGUCUGAUGACAGUCACAAAAAACAGAAAGUGACACCACGAUGUCUAUGGAAAGUAGAAGACUAUUCAGAACAUGUCCCACUCUCUGUGAAAAGAAGGGUGAUAUAUGCUUGUCAGCACGGAAAGAACUACAAGAAGACAACCACAACAGAUGAUUUGCAUACUGAACAUGACUACAGAAGAAGGAAAAGGUUCCAUAUUCAAAACAGCAAGAAAGUGGAUUGCCCAGCAAAACUUUAUGUCCGAUAUGUAGAAAGAUAUGAUCAGUUUGCAGUGGCUAAAACAAGUUCUAGAACUGAAAAACAAGUUGCAAUUAAGGGUGUUCUGGAGUCAUUAAAAGAAAACAGCGCCGUCACUUCAGAAAUUAUCCAUGUCAAAAUACCUUUGGCAGGAGCACACAAAAACCACAACACUUCACGAAACUGUCAUUUCUCAAAUAACAUUCAUUACAUGGUGCGUGACAAAAUACAGGAAUAUGUGUCACUUGGAAUAACCUCAGUUCCUUUCCUUAAGAAGGUUCUGAAAACCUUUGUCCAGAAAGAGCUUUCAGGGAUGGGAAGCUUUCUACCGCAUCCACAAGACCCAUCAUACUACCCUUCAAGCCAUGUUAUCCAAAACCAUGUGCAUCAAGCCUUAGUUUGUGGAAAAUAUUCUGGCUUUGAUCAACUGCAGGUAGAAAAAAAAAUUGAUGAAUGGAAAUUAACAGAUCCAAAUGCCAAGUUUUUCUUUCGGAAAUGUACAGAGAACAACAUCGAGCAGACAGUUCUGAAGUUUGAAAUGAAAGCAGAAGAACAAGGAUUUCCAGGCACUGAAGACUCUGAUUUGGAGGGAAACAACACACAUGAAAUAACAUCUUCACAAGAAACUUUCUUGUUUAUUCAUCAAAAUGUACAACAACAGGAAUUACUUAAGCGUUAUGGAGAUAUGGUCCUUCUUGAUGCUACUUAUAGAACAACUAAAUAUGCAUUGCCUUUGUUUCUUGUUGUUGUUCGGACAAAUGUUGGAUACAAACCUAUCGCUGAGUUUAUAUGUGAAAAUGAGACAACUGCUGCAAUAACCGAAGCCCUUAACAUCUUGAAACAGUGGAAUCAGCAUUGGGAGCCACAAUUCUUUAUGCUUGAUUACUCACAACAAGAAUAUCAAGCUUUGAAACGUGUAUUUCCAAACUCUCAAAACUAUCUAUGCUCAUUCCAUCGUGAGCAAGCUUGGAUACGAUGGACAAAGCAAGCCAAGAACAAGUUGUCCCUCUCUGAGCAAAAUGAACUGCUUAACCACCUUCGUGACAUAGCUAGUGCUCCAAGUGAAGCAUCUUGUGAUAGGGAGGUUGAAAGACUCAAGGAGAGCAAAGUUUACAAAUCCCUUGAAGUCAAAAAUUAUGUUGAUAGAAGGUGGUUGUGUGUUCGGGAGAGGUGGUGUAGGGCCUAUGCACCACAUGGAUUCUCUGUGGCAGUUACCACCAACAAUGGAGUUGAGGCACUCAAUAAAUCAUUGAAGAGCUUCUACCUCAAAUUUUCUGGCACAGGAAGUCUUUCAUCUCUGCUUGAAACUCUAAUAUGUGAGUUUGUUCCAGAGCAGUUACUGUCAUACAGCAGACUCAACUUCAUCUACAGUAGUGAAUGCAAGACUUACAAUCCAGCUGUUCCAGCAUUCCUGAAAGACAGACCAAGAAAUUUUGUCAAACAUUGCUUGAACAGUAUCAAGGCAGCUUCCAGCUAUUCCAAAGAACACGUAAAGGUGCUUGGAAAGGAAUCUUUUCAUGUCAAGAGUGAGACAACCUCUACAUGGUACAAAGUAGAACUUGGUGACUCAGAAAAAUACCCAUCAUGUGAAUGCGUCCUCUUCAAAACAACGUUCUUACCAUGCAAGCAUUUCUUUGCCAUUUUUAGGCACACUGACAAAAAAUGGGUUGAUCUUAGCCCAGAGUACCGUCAAAGCCCAUAUAUAACUCUGGAUUUCAAUGUUGCUUUAACACAAGAUCCCCAGAGUAAUGAAAUCAGCAAUCAAGAAGACCUCUGCUUUGAUGUUUUUGACAGUCCUGUAAUAUGCACGGGGAAACAGAAACACGGUAGUGAGUCACAGUCACCAAAUGUAGCAGUCGAUCAGUGGCAUUUACGUGAACAGCUCAAGACGUUGCAUGACAUUUCAUAUAUUUGCACUGAUAAAGAAGCUAUCAAGAAUGCAUCCAGAGUUGUUCAUGGCCUUUGUGAGACCCUGAAAUCCUGUUUACCCAAGGAAGAAGGACUGGUUCUCCAGCAGCAAGAACCUGCUAAGAAAAACCUUAGGGCUUUACCAAGUCGCUUGAAGAAAGUCAAACAAAAAACAUCCAGGAAACGUAAAACAGUGGCAAUCGAUGAAAAUGAAGAGGAUGCAGAUAUCCAUAAAAAGUCAAAAACAAAUAUACCAGAAUUCCAGAGGACCGAAGACACAGAGAUGGACAAAAACUCUGUUCAGGCAUGUGGUGUGGAUCUCUCCAAAGAAGACUUGACACAAGCAACCUCUAUGACACAUGGUGACCCAUGUGCUUAUUUGUCCCAUAGUGAGCACUUACCCAGGCUGUCAGAGGACAUGGAAUCAGAGGUGAAGGAUAUUCUGGCACUACAAGACCCAAACCUGGUAAUCAGCAAAGCCUUCAAACUGUGUAUUACACAGGGUGACUUGGCAACACUGAAGGAGGGAUGCUGGCUUAAUGACAAGGUUAUCAACUUCUAUUUGUCCUUGCUAAUGAAGAGAAACAGUGAUCAGCUGGGGAGCCUUAAAGUCUUCUUUUUCAGCACUUUUUUCUACUCAAAGCUUCAGAGUGGUGAAGGCCAUGCUGGAGUGAAGAACUGGACAAAAACUCAAGACCUCUUCCUCUUUGAUCUUAUUUUUGUUCCUUUGCACCUAGGCAUGCACUGGGCUUUGGCUGUAAUUGAUUUAAAAUCCCAGACCAUACAGUGCUAUGACUCAAUGAGUCAGAGACAUGAUGAAAUCUGUCACAUGUUGUUUGCGUACCUUACUGAGGAGCACAGGGUCAAGAAAGGAUACAUCUUGGAGGCUUCCAGAUGGACCAUUGGCCGAAUGAGAACUUUUGCAAUUCCUAAACAGUUGAAUGGCAAUGACUGUGGUGUUUUUGUCUGUAAAUAUGCAGACUUCCUUUCUCAAGGAAAGCUACUCACAUUCAGACAGGAUGACAUUCCACUCUUCCGAAAAGUGAUGGUUUGGGAGAUAGUACAUCAGAAGAUCCUGUAAGCCCUGAAGCAACCAGUCCUUCAAACAUCAUCAAACAUUUUUAUAUUCCAUGUUUACAUUGAAUACUUUUUGUGUAAAUUAAAUUUACACACAAGGAUGGAAUUGUGAAUAAUUACAAAGGUUUUCUAUACAAGCAGUGGGAUGUGGAGAAGUACAGAGCUGAAUAAAAUCUGAGGUUAAACUGGA